AUGUCUCCAACUCCAGACGUUUCUGUCCCUACAGACGUCGUCGCUGCCGCCCAAGCCGCCAACCCUCCGCAAAUUGCCCCGCAUCGAUCCCACGACCCCUCCAACAACCUCAAACGAUCAGACCCUUUCCAGUUCGGCUCUCGCUUCCUCGAGGAAGGCGACAAUGUCUUCGAAUUCAAUGCGUGGGACCAUGUCGAGCCGGAUGACGAAUUCUUAGCCUUCGCCGAAACACAGUAUGCUAAACAACGAGAAGCUCAAGCCUCAGAUUUCGACAAGAGGCGCUUUAACGCAGACCCGGCCAAGUGGUGGAACCUAUUCUACAAGAACAACACGGCGAACUUCUUCAAGGACCGCAAGUGGUUGCAGCAGGAGUUUCCGGUCCUGGAGCAAGUGACUCGGAAAGACGCCGGCAAGCAGGUCGUGUUGGAAGUUGGUGCUGGAGCGGGGAACACUGCUUUCCCCUUGGUUCGGAAUAACGAAAACGAGGAGCUCAUGGUGCAUGCGUGCGACUUUUCGAAAACGGCAGUUCAGGUUAUGCGCGACAGCGAGUACUACAACCCCAAGCACAUUACGGCUGAUGUGUGGGAUGUUAGUGCCGAGCCCAGUGAAGAGAAUGACUCGCUGCCUCCUGGUCUCACCGAGCAGUCUGUUGAUAUCGUUAUCCUUAUUUUCAUAUUCUCGGCUCUGGCACCAGAACAAUGGGAGAAGGCCAUUCGCAAUGUGUACCGGGUACUGAAGCCCGGUGGCCAGGUCUUGUUCCGUGACUACGGAAGAGGAGAUCUUGCCCAGGUCCGGUUCAAGAAGAACCGAUAUCUGGCCGAAAACUUUUACGUACGCGGAGAUGGAACUCGCGUCUACUUCUUCGACAAGGAUGAGUUGGAGGAGAUGUGGAGUAAAUGGACUCUUGAAAAAGGGUUGCCAGACUUGGAUGCAUCUGAUGCAGCCGAAGCGGGUGUGGCAGAGACGGCACCUACGGAAGAUGGUGCCUUUGAUGUCCGCGAUUUGGCAUAUGACCGUCGUUUGGUGGUCAACCGCCAACGCAAACUGAAGAUGUAUCGUUGCUGGAUCCAGGGUCAUUUUUUCAAGCGCCAGUAG